UUACAAUUCGGCACACUAGUCAUCAGAAAAAGGUUGGAAUAAAUCACCCGUAAAGGGUAUCCUCUUGUCUCUAUUUAAGGACUCGCUGUUUGAUGUAUUAUUUAAAUGUGUUUGAUUUAGUUUGAGAAGAGGUAAAAUGCGUCAAUACUUUGUUAUUUUAUCGUUGGUGGCUAUUGCUAUAGCCAUUCCAGCUGACAACGUGAGAAAAACCACCCAAGUCCGCAGUAGAAAUACUGAAACUCGCCAACAAUCUGAUGAAAAUCAUUCCGAAACUCCUGAUCCCGAAAACGCUUCAGAAAUGACUAAGAAAAUUCUAGAAUGCCGCGGUAUUUUACAACAAGCAGGAAUGAUUGAUUUGAACCAAAAAAGCAAACCAACUGAAGCACAGACAGAAAGCGAAACUGAAGAACCGAAAAAGAUGGAGGAGUCGAUGAUGAAUAACCGAAGAAGUGGGAGGAAAUUUUAAUGGUACUAUGACGACGACUUUGUAUUUUUUAUUAUGAUUAUUGGACUGUAAAAUAUUUUUGUAAGUACUUAUUGCUUUAUCAGUAUUGGAGUUAUUGUGCGUACCUAAAGAUUAUACUGUAUGCAUAAUAAAAAUUGAUAAAAA